GCACUCAGGAUAGCGAUCUCACCACUCUAACGUUGUUAUCCUUUCUUUCCACCCACUCCCUCUCUAACACCCGGGGUCACGUCUCCCAUCCCAUUCCUCGUCGUGAGACUCCAGAGGAACGCAAUGGUCGUCGAAGCCAACGCCCACCUACGGGGAGCGUAGUAUGAAGCUGACUACGGUGACCGUCACCGAGAUUCUCGAGCUCCGCAUACCACCACCCGACGCUAUCGAGGCAAAUCCCAUUUUCGGGGCCAUUAGUCCAACCCUGAAGGCUUCGCCCCAUGUGGCAUUGCUUUUUACACUAAUCUACGAGAAUAAAUGCUCGUUCGUACAGUUUAUUUUGGAGCCGUUGUAUGAGCUUUAUACACAGGUUUCCUUCCUCAUGGCCGCAGUAUGCAUGGUAGGAUGAGCAGCGAAGUAGGC